AUGAUCCCCGAUGAAGACUUGCCGAUGAAGAUGACCCCUUUGCCGAAGAAGAAGACGAUGAUGACGAUGAUGAAGACGAGGACGACGAUUUGCCCGGUGGAGCCGAAGCGAACCGGCGAUGAAGCUGAUUGCAACCCCGUGCCCGUAUUUCCCCCCACCACCUCGAAGUUGAUGGCGUCACGCGCUCACCCCGCGCGCCCUCUCUACGACGAGAGCUACUCGACGUCGAUGCUACGCGCUCACCCCGCACGCCUCUUGAUGGCGAGACCCGCCCGUCCCCGCCGCUCCGGAGAUGAGCAGCCGCUUGCUGAGAUGGAGAUGAAGACGACGCCCUCCCCCCGUGUGUCUUGA